GUGAAGAGCCGUGGGGGUUAUUGUGCGGUCUGCCUUGCAGAUUAUAAAAUACGGUGAAAUAUCUGGAUGAAAAUUUCCCACGGCUCGCCAAUUGAUGAUUCUGCAUCUAUGUACCGACAGUAUAUACGUACUCAACUCGAGAUAUCUGGUACGAUUACCUCCCAGGCGAACAGUCCUUGAAGAAAAUAAAAAGCGGCGUCGAUCUGAGUGGUUUCCCGCCCUUCCAGCCACUCAGGGGCGACCAUUUAGGGGGCGCUGCUUCUCGGAGCCCCACGGGCCGCGUGUCCCUCCCACCACCACCAUCUGUUGUUUUCCCCUAUUACUGAGUCGGAGAAGGUAUUCAGGUCAUAUCUGAAGCUUUCUUGUCUU